AUGACAUUCUUCUCUCCCACUCAGGUGUUCUUGAACUACCGGGGAGCGCAACUGCGUUACAGCUUCGUGAGGCACCUCAUUGAUGCUUUUGAAAGGAAUGAGAUAAACUUCUUCGUAGACAAAUAUGAGCAGAGAGGCAAAGACCUCAAAAAUCUCUUUCUUAGGAUCCAAGAAUCGAGGAUCGCUCUGGCCAUCUUCUCUACGAGAUACACCGAGUCGAGCUGGUGUAUGGAUGAGUUGGUGAAGAUGAAGAAACUUGCUGAUAAAGGAAAGCUCCAUGUCAUUCCAAUCUUCUACAAGGUCAAGGUAGAAGACGUUAGAAAACAGACAGCUGAGUUUGGUGACAACUUCUGGACGCUCGCAAAGGUUUCGAGUGGAGAUCAGAUCAAGAAAUGGAAAGAAGCCUUGGAAUGUAUCUCCAACAAGAUGGGUUUGUCGUUGGGAGACAAGAGCUCUGAAGCCGAUUUUGUCAAGGAAGUUGUUAAGGCGGUUCAGAGUGUUGUAGCAGUCAUUGGACUUGAGGAAGGAGAGAAUCAUUUUGGGAAAAAGAAGAGAAAGGAUUGCAAAUGUGAACUUCCUGAUUUCAAGAAAAGCAGAACCAAAAAGUUGUGACGUAAGAAAAUGUU